AGAACAUCAGGCAGAGCACAGAGAGAGAGAGAGCGAGGGAGGGAGGGGAGAGACCUUCACGGAAAGUCCUGCUUGAAGGGUGUGCUGCGGUCCCAGGCAUGAAUAGCGAUUGAGAGGGAUAGCGCCGUGCCUCACCACCACUCCUUGGAGCUCCCGCCAUCUGGAACAGCCAUGUCCAAGGACGAAGCAGGGUGUAAACUGGCAUCUGUCUACAAACAUAAGGAGCGCAAGCCCAAGAAACCCCACUACAUACCCAGGCCAUGGGGGAAGCCCUACAACUACAAGUGCUUCCAGUGCCCGUUCACCUGCAUGGAGAAGUCCCACCUGUACAACCACAUGAAGUACAGCCUGUGCAAGAACUCCCUGUCUCUGCUGAUUGAGUCCGACUGGCCCUACAAGAAAGGGAAUCUCCUCCACCCGGAGCUGCAGCUUCUGAAUGCCACGGAGGCUUCCCGGCCCCGUGGGAGGCGGGACGACCCUGAGGCUCAAGACUUGGCAGCCGUGGCUUCUGACGCGGCUAACCCCAAGCAGGCUGCGGACAGAGACGGCAGCGAUCGCAAGCCGGUGUGUACAGAAGACUCGGCUGUGGACGGGAUGAGCAGAGAAAGCAACCAGUUCCAAGAGGAGGAAGAGGAGGAGGAAGAGGUGUCUGGACUGUUAGCAGAAGCAGACGCCAGCGAGAAGGAGAAGGCGAGAGAGGCCAGCUGCGGCAGGGAGUCCGCUGAACCGGAAGUGAACACGAUGCUCUUCCGGUUCAAAAACAAGAGGGACAAGCCUUGCAAAGACCCCGGGCCCGACUUCAUCAUUACCGACGUCUUCUCCUUAAAGAACCACGUGAUGAAGGGGAAGGAGCCCCCCUCCCCUUUGGAGAUGGACGCCAAACCGAAGCACUGCAGAGUGCCCAAAAAAUGCCUGGCGAGCAGCGGGAUCCUGAUGGAGCAAUGGAAGCUGGUGGCCAACGGGCAGAGGAGAAGUGCCGGCGACAUCCCUGCACAGUGUCCCGACGAGAACAUCAUCCCUUGCUACCCUCCUCCAGCGUACGGCGAAUACGCCGAGCCUCAAAGCCUCAAUCUUUCCUUGCUGGGGAUCAACUACCCGCUCAACCCCAACCUCUUCUCUUAUCUCAGUCCUUCUGUGGCCAACAGUGCCGCUCCACACUCGCACCUGACCCAGCUGCCCUUCUUGGCCUCCACGGCCCAGCUGAUGCACCCGCACUCUGCCCACUUUCAGACCCUGCAGACGGCCGAAAGGUCAGCCUUCCUCCCGCGCUUCUACUACCCCUUGCUCUUUGAGCACUCCUUUGGAUCGGCGGAAAACAAGAUGGCCGCCAUCAAGCCCGAGGUCCAGCAGCAGCUGGGGACGGCCGUGCCCACCACCCCGCAAGCCAAAGCCCCCGCAGAGCCCGCAAAGGCCGGCUUGCUGAAGGUGCCGGUGUUGAAAACUAGCCUCCCUUGGGUGAAAGGUUUCCACGAAGAGGUGUCUCCUGAGCAAAGCCACAAAGCGUUGCUGCUGCAAGACGAAGAGGAGAAGUGGCUGAUGCACGAGAAGGAGAGCAGGUCUUUGCUGGGCUCUGGCAAUAGCCUUCGCAGGAAGCCAGCUGUUGACACCUACCGGAGCAUUGUGGGUAUGAAAGAUGGCACCUCCCUUCUCCCCCACAGCAUCAGGAAGGCCGAGCUGCCGGUAGCCGCUUGCUUGGAUGGCAGCGGGACCCCCAUCAACAACCUGAAGAGGAAGCUAGACUUUGUGAGCUCUGAUGUUCUGAUACCCGGGAAAGUCACAUACCAAGCCAGCAGUUUGAGAUCGAGCCCCGCUCAGCUCUCCAAACCCCUGCACAACUGCCACGUUGAGCUCCACGCCUGUCCACCAGAAGACCAGCAGAAGAACAUCAGCUCCCACGUUUUAUCCCCCCGUAUCUCUGCUCCGGACCAUCUCCUUUUCAAGCCUGGCAAAGAACAAGGCGUGAGAGGCCCAGAAGUGACCACAGUGCUCAUCGGGGAUCUGUCAAAAACCUUGGAGGAGUACCAGGAGGUGGAAAAGAAGCUGUCAGAUCUGGCAAAAGAGGACACUCCAGCCCAGAAGCAGCUGUGGGAGCAGCUGGUCAAAAUCCGGCAGGAGCUCUUCCAUAUCCACCGGGCGCUGGAGAAGGCUUCCAAGCCCACCGACGGUCCUCUGGACCUGUCGAUAAAAAGGUCCCCCAAAGACGCGGAGAGAGGCCACCAGAAAGAGGCCAAGGCUGGCCUCGACAGCGAGAAGCUCCCGAGCAAAGAUCCCAGCUCCGGCAGUCGAUGUUUAUCGGCAGGAGAAGACGGCGAGACCUCGAACUGUCUCCUGGAGCCCCAGAACAAGACUAUUGACCUGCUGAUCAAAAUGAGCCACGCGGAUCAUCUGCGGACCUCCUCGUCCGAGGCCCACCUGGGAGCGGUGAUCAAAGCCGAGGUGCUGCCCCUCAACAUCCCGCUAGAACUUCGGCACGUGAUGGAGCCCUACUACAGCCGUACCACCAAAUGCGAGGCAGAUUCCAGUGUCCUGCUGUGCACGGAUGGGAGGUCCAACGCCAGCCAGAUCCCUCCACUUCCGAUGGCGGAAGAUGCCUCGCUCGGAUGCCGGGCCGUCCCGCGCUCCCUGUCGUGCAGCCUGCCCAGCGAGACUGACGGGGUGUGUAUCCACAGUCCCUUGAACACAGACCUGUGAUCCUCUCGUUGAUACAUGCCCAUGGAGCACUUUUGGAUUUCUCUCAAAACCUGUUCUCACACUUGUCCUCCUGAGGUCUGUCGAAUCCAGAACCCACUCCUCUCCAGUUGCGAUACCUUCUUGAAACUUUGUGCUGUGGGACCCACAUAGCGGAAAAGGCAUUCGUCCAGAUGUUUUUAACUGCACAAGCGGAACGUUCCACACCUGGGACGGGGUAGCAUCUCUUAUUGUGUCUUUCACUCUUUGAAUCUAGGUAUCAUACAGGAGAGCUCAGAUUUUUUUUUUUUAAGCCAGGGAGUCUUGGCUCCAUCUUCCUUCUGUUAUCCAGCUCAGCGGGGUGUAUUUGCUGACACAAUGUUAUCUUUGGAACACGGAAUUUGAUAAAUCUCCUAGAUCCCAGCCCUGAGACCCUUGCCUCAGCAAGAACCACCUCUCCCAACGAAAUGAAACGGCACCCAUUCAAACAAACAACGGAUUUGCUGUAGCUCACCUGGGCUUUUAAAAGAGAAGAACUGGACAGCAGCAUGGGAGGGUGCCUUCCAGCCCUGCUGAGAAGCCGUGUCUCCUAGAUGGAUAACGAGCAAAUCGUUAGAAAAAAACUAUUCCCGCUGCUGAAAACUCACUGCUGUAUCCUGGGACUCAUAUCUUGGUCUGGCCUGCGCAAUUUCUGUUGGUUUGUUUUUUAACCUGACAAUUGGGUUCACAGAGUUAUUAUGUGAAUACGGGGAACCUUUUGGGAAACCCAUUCAGCACCCUGCCUUGUUAGAACUAAAGCACAACUCUUGGUGUGUAUGUGCGUGAAUGUGAGUAGCUUCUUCCCCUGGUUGUCCGUACACAAAGCUUAUAUUCAUGCCACAGAUUUAAACUGAAUAAUCCUUCCCUGUCUAGGAGGGAUACAGGGAACUAUAGUCCCAACAGAGGAAGUUGCAAGCCCUUUGGUCCACACUUAGACUAAGUUUCUCCAAGAAGGCAAAUACUGUGUAGCUCCCUGGGGCCAUUUCAGCUGGGGAAAAGGGCAUUUGCAGGAAGGCUUAAGCACCUUCUCCCCACAUCUGAUGGUUCUGAUCUGAACUGGGCCUGCAGUCUCCCGAAAAUAUCAAUUUGAAAAUCGUUGGGAGUUCCAUAUUUGGAACAUCUGGUUUGACAGGACGUGGGGCAGACCCAGAAACAGCACAACACGUAGUCACGUCUUCACUACUUUACAAACAAUGCAGCAUGUAGUCAAACAGUCACUAGUCCACAGUUCUCAGGAUUCUCGGGUGCAGGUGCUGUAACAUUUAAUGGCACCAUGUAUCGUUGAAGUCUUUUACGGCUGGAAUCAACAUCUGGCUGUUCUGGUUGUUGCGGCUGGAAUCAACAUCUGGCUGUUCUGGUUGAAUCUGGUUGGUUCUGGCUGUUGCGGGUUUUCUGGGUUGUAUGGCCAUGGUCUGAAGUGCAGGCGAAACGUUAGGAGCAAAACUUAUCACAACCAUGCGGCCUGGGAAACCCACAACAGCCUCUAGCUCAUGAAACUUGAUCUACCUGGUUCUUGUGACGAGGGGAAGGGAAGAAUAGAUGGACUCUCCUUUAGGCUGAAUGUCAGCACAGGAUUAUCUGCUUGAUGGUAGUUAUCCUAUCUGUGGCACAAAAAUUGCUUGCUGUUUGUCUUUUCUUGAACACAGUGGGAUGAGCACGGAUUCCUUUGUAAACCAUCUGUGGCGGAAGCUAUUUCCGGUAGAGCAGCCUUUCUCAGUGGAAAUUAAGCACGAGUUUGCAGGUGUCAAUGUCUUCUCAGAAAAGCGGCCUAGGAGUAGUUAAAUGCAUGCUGACACCAUCAUGGAGAUGCUACUGAGGCGAAGGGAUCUUAAAUGAUCUUUAACGCCGGAACCAAUUGGAGGUGUUUGAAAAGGUAGCACACAUCCAAAACAAAAAUUAUUUUCCCUGACUGUUGGAAGGCAGAGGAAGUAUCUGCCCUGCCCACAUCACUGUCUGGUAACCAAUAUUGUGUACCUCACAUUGUCUGAUGAACCACUUGAGUAAUGAGCCAGCGUUCCCACACAAUUCCUGUCUAACACACCACUACCCCUCAGCGCAACCAGUCACUCAGAUACGCACCCGCACUGAUGGUUGGGCAACUCUGCGCUGCACUUGUUGUGUCGACCAUUGACCAGCACAGGUGAGCAGUUUCUGUGUGCUAAAUUAAUUUAUUUAUAGUGGGGGGAACGGUGCUUUUUUGGGGGGUGGAGGAGGGAGAAUAGGGUGAGGUGGAGAGUAAUUCAUGUGUUAUUUAUUGUCCAUGGUUCCAAGAAUGUAAAAAAUAAAAAAGAUUUAAAACUA